AUGGAGGCGCAGAUGCAGUACGCGGAGGAUGUCAGGGCGAUCAGCGAGGACGUGGAAGUCGCGAUCAUCCGGGCAGCGGACGAGGUGAAGGAGGUUCUGGCAGCUAUCGACGCCGGCAUCCGUGAGGCGCAGGCCGCCCUAACGGACAACGAAUUGCUGCUGGCGUCCGACAACGAGAGCAUCCUGGCCAUGUGGAGGGAGCUGGAGGCCGUUUGCCAGCGAAGAACCAACGAGAUCGCUCGCUUCGCCGCCCGACUGGACGAGAUCGAACAGACUCGGAUCCAUCGCGUGCGCGUCGGACUGCAGCACUUGACGCAUGUCCUGAUGGAAACAGCGCACGCGUUGCCGCCCGAAGUCGAGCGCAUCAUCGAAGCAGAGGCGUACGAGGUCAACACCGUCGUCAUCUCCAACCGACGAGUGUACGCCGACCUCGUUGCCAGGAUGGGGACAGCCAACGUCGACGAGUUCCUGAGCGCUCGGCUCGCGUGGGAGCAGGGCCAGGUCCGGUGGCGCCACCUCCGGCACGAGGAUGCCAUCGACAAGUUCCAAGCCACACUCAACUCGCCCCUGUUCACCGAUCCAGAAGAGCGACGCCACGUGCUGGAGCAGAUCCGCGUCUUCCAAGAGAAAAUUCACCGCGAGCAGCGUCUCGAGGUGCUGAAGCGGCUGAAAGACGCUGGGGCCGCGCUCAGCUCGGAGCAAGCGAAGCGGAUUCUGGAGGAGCUCAGCACGACGCAGCAGUUCGAGGAGGAGAAGAACCAAAGCUUCUUCUCCGACUUGAGGGGGCUGCACGAGUCGAAGGGAGACGCUGCAAAGUCACUACGAGAAGACCUUCGCCUGGAGCUCCAUGGGUUCGGGGCCAUGGCGAAAGAGGGAGCGAUCGAAGAGGCCAAGUCGACGCUCGUGUCGCUGCUGAGUGACGACACUAUGGAGGACUUUUUCCGUGCGGCUGGAGGCCUCAAGACGGAGCUGGACACGCUCGCAAAGCAGCUCUGCGUCGCGGACCUCAUUUACAGCGCCAACCUGGAGCCGGUGGUGAGCUCGGUGGGGGUUCUACUGAGUGCGUUGCCCCUGGAGAGCGUCAUGGAGAACCAGGGCAAGGAGGCCGAGCGGAAGGCGGUGCAGGCGACUCUCGAGAAGAUUCGCAAGGCCAGCAAGGGCGAGAUUCUGUCGCUGUUGCCCUUUCUGCAGACGCAGAUAUCGAUGCUGAUGAACCUGGAGGAAAUGAGCGACAGCUUUAAAGGAGAGUUGGAAGACAUCAUGGCUCAGUUGGGCGCGAUUAUCCAAGAGUCUGGGCCCCUUCAGGCUACAACCGAGGACUCGCCUUCGUCCCCGCUCAAACGCACAGGCAGCAUGAGUCCGACGAGCGACGGACUUCAAAGCAAUGGCAGCGCUGUCGAUCUCCAAGCGAUCCGGAAGGUGCAGCGCCGCCUCGGUACGCUCGUGUACGCGUCAGAGCUGGGUCCACCGUGGCAGCAGCAUCUGCACUUCAUUGCAGACCAGCUCCUGCUGCAGAAGCAUGCCAACUCUACGGUCGACGAAGUGAUCGCGCGCGAGUGUGACAACCUCAUUGAAACGCGGCAGCAGGAGAGCCGCUUGCUCGUGGAGGAGAUGAGGAAGCGCAUGGAGCAACAGAGCGGGCUACUGCACGACCAAGUGGAGAAGCUGGCCAAGUUCUUCCUCCAGGUGGUGCUCUGCAUGGAGGAAAGCGCCGACAAGGUCGAGUACGUGAACCUGAGCGUGAUGGACCUGCUCGACACGCUCAAGGAGAACGACGAAGAGACUCUCGCAGAGCUCGAGACAAAGUUCACGCAGAGCUGCGCGUGCCUCCGACACUCGCCCAAUGAUAACGUCCUGCGCGACGAGUUCCAGCGAUCGUCGGAGCUUCUGAUGCUCAUUGAAGGCGAGUAUCGCGCAUACGACAAGCGAGUGUCUUUGGCGGCAGACAACAACGUGGUGGCUAUCGCCAAGCAGCGGUCUCUGUAUCUCCAGCGCCUCUGCGACUUCUUUGGGCUGAGGCAGCUGCAUGCACCUCCAAGCGCCGAUGCAUUCAACUUGGACCACUUCCUCAGCGCGCAACACAUUGAACAAGUGCUAAACCCAGCACUGCUGGCUCAAGACGCAACAGAGGACGCCCCACCAGCUGCAGACCCCCCUGCUGAGCCAGAGAUUCGUCCACCGGAGGACGAACUUUUCCGCGCAGCUUCAGGCUUGGAGCUGAUGGUCGUUCUCUCCCUUGCUGCGCUUGCUCAUAACAUCCUGGCUCAGAAGGCUGAGCCGAUGGACACGUCACGUUCGUCCGUACUGGAGAAGGUUGAAGCCGAGUUCCUGGUACUGACCGUCCCGAGCGACACGAUCGAGAGUAUGCUCGCUGUCUUCCGAGACGUGAUUGUGUCAAAGUACGACUCGAACGCCGCGGCGACAUCGACGCAAACGGAGGACACGCGGGAUGAGCGACAUGCGAGCUCCUCCAUGCUUCUGGAGGAGAGGCUGCGCGUCCACUGGCCACGUAAAGGGCGGCUGGACGUGCAGUUCUAUCAGCCGCGAAUGGGGGAGCUCCUGAACCACCAGCAGCGACAGGAGCGUCACUUGAGGGGCCUCUGGGCGAAGGUGGAGGAGCAGCAGGCGUCCUUCUCGAAGAAAACGGAGGAGGCUCUCGCCAACGUUGAGCAGGCUCGAAUUGCGCAGAUCGCCUUCCAAGCUCAGCUCCCGCUCCAGCUCAGCCUCGCUGCGCUCCAGGGCCUCGAAGUGAAGGCCAAGAAGCGCCUCGGCGUCUUCAAGAGCGAGGCGAUGGACAAGUUGGCCGUCCUCCGUGCGAUGACCGAGAGUGAUAUCAACGGGCUGCUGUCCUCGUGCCAAGAUUACGUGCGUGCAUGCUCUUCGCAGCUCUUCCCCGACUUGACGAGCUGUGAGAUCAUCAGCGGAUGCGAUUACCACCCAGAGGAGAUUGCCGCUGUCAAGGAGAAGCUCUCCGCCAUUGAAGCGCAAGCCCGUGAUCGAAUCCUCGAGCGAGAGAAGCGAAUGACUGAGAUCAGUAGCAGCCAAGCGCUGGUGCUGGACAUGUGGCAGGCCUUCAAAGCGAGGUACCAGGCUUGCGUGCAGAGCUUAGCGAUGAAGGAGGGACUCGGCCAAAAGUUCGGGCUUCCUCGUCGAGCGGCCCAAGAGCGCUACCGGUCUGAGAUGACGCGAUGCGAAGCGCGGUCUGCGUCCAUUAACGCGCUGCUGGCCUCUCUCCAAUCGAUACUUCGAGCCAAGAUUUACCACCGCGGGAUGUACUUCCGCUUCUUGAGAAGUCCAAGUCAGCUCGAGCCGAGACCAGUAGAGUUCAACCCAGUUGCAGCACAAGGUGACGAGGAAGGACUGAGCACGGUACGCGACCGUGAAGUCGUGGACGAGGAAGACCAGGCGCUUGCCACCCCCUUCCUUGACUUCGCCGACCAAGUGAGUGCCAAGUGCCAAGAGGAGACUAAGGCUCUGUAUCAGCAAGAAGGGAAAACCGAGGAACUGCCGCCCUCGGGCGUGCCUGUCGCUCUGGAGGAAUACCUGGCCAGCCAACAGGAGAAAGCGCGGUCGUUUGUGAUCCAACAAGAGGAAUUGUAUAGCGAGCAACAGGCGAAACAGCAAAUGCGGCUGAGGGUUUCAGACAUCACCACGGUGUUCGAGGCUCAGUAUCAGUCGUGGAUGAACAUCAAGAGCCAGCAUACAUUAGAGCUGCGGCCGCAUCUCUGUAGCCCAAACAACGCCCACCUCUUGCAGGAACUCGAAGAACGGGAGAAAUCGCGGUCGGCGUCUACUCGAGUUGCGCUGCUCAACCAUCGAAACCAGUUCUUGGCCGGCCAGAUCCAGUUGUCAAUGGCGUUUGAGGCUCGACUAGUUGGCCUCUUUCAGUGCCUCAUGCUGCUACUGGACUCGUCGGUGCUGUCACCGGACGACCUCAAACCGUUUUCAGGCGAGGAAUUGCCUAAAGCCAAGCGCAAGUCGCUGAAGCGGCUGCGCAAAAUGGCUCGAGUGAACGAGGUGGGUGAUCCUCGUGAAGUCAAAAGAACAGCUGCGGAGAUGCAGAAGUUGACGCAAAGCGGAGAAGCCCCUCGGUUUCCGCUGCGCUCAUGGCCUGGUAUUCCUUCCUUCGGACUGCAGUCACUUUGGGAGGAGAUAAAAGCUGAGACUCUUACAAAGGACGAAGGCAUUGCCUUUGCGUCAACUGGGACAGCUGAGUCCUCCAUCCAAGACUUGGCGUGUGUGCCUCUAGCGUCCAAUGAUGGGGCAUGCGUGGCUCUUCUUACACCAGCACACAGGGCACUCAUCAAAGCAAGGGACACGGCUUAUGCUGCCUACGUGGGGUUCUGUCGCGAAGAAACUCGACGUCUUCUGGAUAGUUUGCACGAACGACUCGAAGAUGAAGUCAAGUGGACACAGAGCUGGCAGAAAGGGAUAUAA